AUGCCGCCGAUUCUUAACCAAAACGCUCCAGAUAGGCUGAUUUGGAAGGAUAGACAAGAUAAGCAAAAGGAUUUUAGUGCUAGUGAGGUUUGGGAGAACAUCCGUUCGCGUGGGGAAGAGGUAGGUUGGGCUGAGUUGGUGUGGUUUAGUCAAUGCAUCCCUAGACACUCUUUUCACAUGUGGCUAGUUAUUAAGAAUAAGCUGAAAACUCAGGAUCGUAUGGGGAUUUGGGACGUCGGAAGUGCAACCAAUCUAAAUCUCAUGUUUUGUCCGCUUUGCUGGAAUGGUAAAGACUCUCGUGAUCAUUUAUUUUUUCAGUGUCCUUAUGGGUUGCAAGUGUGGAAUAUGGUAAAAGGGUUGGCUUACAUGGAAACAGUUGACGCCAACUGGGACUCUAUUAUGACAUGGUUUUCACAAAACCCUUCGGGUAAGUCGUCAGAAAUUUUAGUUGGUAAAAUGGUUGUUGCUGCUUCGACUUAUUUUAUCUGGCAAGAAAGAAACAAUAGGUUAUUUUCUCCGAAUCAGCGGAAUGCUACUUUGAUUGCAAAUAUAGUCCUCCAUACGGUUCGCAUGAAGUUGAUGACGUUCAAGGCAGGGAGAGGUUCCAAGAACCCGUUAUUGUUAGAGCGGUGGAAGUUCCAAGUGAAGACUAUGAGCCUCGAUCCAGGCUAG